CAGAGGAAGGGCAGCAGUGAUGAUGUCAGAAGCAUGGCCUGUACUGAUUGGUUAGGAGCUUCCUGGGGAGAGCCUAUAAAAUAGCCAACAUCAACAGCGGUAAGAAGCAAAGGCAGGAAAGCUGGGAACCUGAGAAAUUCCAGGAACUGUCCACUGAACUCUCCAACACGUCUGUGUGUCUGUGUAUCUGACAACCCCGGAUUAGAGAUGCUGGGCUUUGGCUGUGCUGUGCUCUCAUGUCUUUUGACGUUGACGCUGUUCCACUGUAGUGUCGACAGCCUCCACCUGACUCAAGAAAGCCCUGAGUACGGGGCCCUGGAGGAGCCGGUGUCCAGGGGCCGGCCGGUGGAGCCGAAGUCUCCUGAGGGCAUCACAGCCAAGCUGCUGCUGCUGGACCAGCAGGUGGCGCUAGAGAACGACGUCAUCGAGACCAAGAAGAAGAGAAGCUUCCCGGGGUCCAACACCCCAAUGGACCGCCUCUCCAUCAGCACAAUGGACAACAACAAAAACAACAACAACAAGCAGAGGAAAGUCGUUGAGUUACCAAGGCGAAGGGUGAAUGUUCCCAUUGACCGGAUCGGAGUGGGCCGCCUACCAAGCAACCGAGGAUAAGACCCGCCACUGCCUCCCUACCCCCUCUCCUGUGAGACUGGGGCAUCAGUCCAGCUGGCAGCAACAUGGAAUACAUAACAAACACAAAGACACAUAAAGACAUCUCGUCCGUCUCCUCCUUCUCUUCCUUGCUUCACACCUGAGCUCUUAACACGGACACAAGCCACUAUGUCCACACCCAGAACCCGUCCUAAUCCCUACACACCAACCCUUCUCCACUCUUUUUACACUGCCUAUAAUCCCAGAUUAGAGUAGAAAGCAGAAAUACACAGUCCCAACACCUCGCCCUGACUUCACACCAAGCUCCCAUUCCCUAUCCAAAAGCCUCUCACCUGUAUUUGAUACUCAGUAUUCAUAUACUUUAUAAAGCCUUAUGACGCUCUAUGACUACCACAAAGCUCUGUGUACUUUUCACUGCAUACAGCUAUGCCCCUUUACAAUAGCAGCAUUAUACUCCACAAGCACAGGAACUCCAGCACACUAUGUAGGGCCUCACACCUUGUGCCUUAGACCCACUUGCAGAGGGGAUGGGCAUGGUCUCCCUGGUAACUACAGAACAGCACUAUUUACCCCUGUUGCCUGAGCGCUGUUGUUUGUUAAUCUCACUGUAGUAAACUGUUCCAUUCUGCACAAAGACAGGAGGCCCACUGCCUCGACAUUAAAACUGAUCAAUUACAGCUACAA